AUGGCACCCGCUGCAAGACCUGCUGACGAGCUCGUUCGGGUGCUGGACGAGUCCUGCACGGCUACUCUCGCCUCUCUGAAGCGGCCGAACCGCGAACCAGCCGCCCUCUCUCCCGCCGAAUCUUCAUCGCCCCCUUCCCUCUCAGACAUUCGAAACGACGUCCUCGCGCACCUGCAGGCCAUAAGCAAGGAGGUGACGGCCAUCUCGCUUGCGUUGAGACCGCCUGUCAGCCAGGACGCGCUUAAGGGGACGCUGGAGAAGCUGGUCGGGGUCGUCGGGAAGUUGGUCUAUGCCGCUGAGCUCUUGCCGCGCGAUGGAACCCUUGCGAAACGGAUAAACUGGACCGUUCAAGAAUCGCUCGAAGCGUUCCAACACUUCCUUUCCUCCAUCUCCUCUACCCUCGCCGCCCCUUCUUCUUCCGCCAAAGCUGCACGAGACGAGCUUCUCCGAUCAGCCAAGACCGUCUGGAGCGUCGUCGACAAGGCGCAGGGCUUGCCGAAGGAUGAGCUCGAGGCUGAACGGCUUGGAUGGAAGGAUGUGCUUGGCCUGUUGGACGACUGUCUGGAGGAGAUGAAGGAGAUGGGAGAGGCGGAGGAUGCGGGAGCGGAAGGAGACGAGGAGGAAGAGGGGGAGGACGACGACGACGACGACUUUGGCUCGACACCCCUCACACCCGCACAACGGGGACGCAUCACCGCCGCCCACCUUCUCCUCCGCCUUACUCGCCUACUCGUCAAUCGCCUCUUCACCAAGACAGCUCCGCCAAAUCCCUCUCCCGCCUUCACCGACCCUUCUUUCCUCGCAUCCACACAUACUCUAGUCAGCCGGGUCUCAGAAAUGGGCGACGACCUCGCUGCUGCGCUCGAACCGCCACAGGAUGAGCUUAAGGAGGCGGUAGAGGAGGUCCUGAGCGUCGGGGAGGAGCUGGCUAAGUGCAUCGAAGAGGCGGUCGACGAGCGAGGGAGCGAGGAGGUCAAGAAGGCGGAGACAGAGUGGUUGGGCGUAUGGCGGAAACAGCGGGAUACGGCGAAGGCCAAGCUUGACGCAAUCUAG